AAGAAUAAACAGAGCGGCCCCAGAAAAACCCCCCUUCAAAUACCCACUUCCUCCAUUCCCUCUCUCUCUCAUAUAUAUAACCUUCAUAUUAUUUCUUUGUUCGUACCUCGUCUGAAUCUCUCUCUCUCUCUCUCUCUCUCUCAAUAUACACAUCCAUUGAAGAAGAAACAGAGCAACCCCAAAAACAACUUUCAAACAAACCACAAAUACUCACUUGCUCCUUUCCCUCUCUCUCUGUUCAUACUUCAUCUGAUUCUGAAUCUCUCUCUUUAUUUGUUAAUAUUUUGUCUCUAUCAAUGGUGCAUUAUCAGAGAUAUCAUCCACUGAAGAAGGGUCUAGAGUUGGUUGUUGUAGAUGAGGAGUCACAGAGUAGCUUUGUGGGUUUAAUCUGUGGAAACUCUAUUUUAUACAACAAGAGAACAAGACCCGGGCUUCUCUCUCUCCUCCUUCUUUCUCUAAUCUCCUUCAGCUUGAUUUUGGCCCCUCAGUUCCUCAACUUUCCCCCCGACUUCUCUCUCUUAUAUUCAUUUGGACAUGAAGAUCAAAGCCUUCUUGCUGAGAUGAAUGCAAAUACCCCCCUUUGCUCUUCAAUCCCUAAUGGAACAAUAUGUUGUGAUAGAAACAGUAUUCGAUCCGAUAUUUGUAUCAUGAAAGGGGAUGUGAGAACAGGCUCUCUCUCCUCUUCAAUCUACCUCUACACCUCAACAAACGCCAAUGGCUUCAUAGAUUAUGUUCCUGACCUGACCGAUGAUGGCGAAGAAGACAAUGAACAAGAACUCCAACAUGAAAACAUUAAGCCCUAUACCCGAAAAUGGGAGAAAAGUACUAUGGACACUGUUAGUGAAUUACACCUUGUUUCAAAGCGAAAAACUGGGUCCCGCCGUCGUUGCGACGUCUGGCAUGACGUUCCUGCGGUGUUCUUUUCCACCGGGGGAUAUACCGGCAAUAUUUACCAUGAAUUCAAUGAUGGGAUUGUGCCUUUGUACAUCACCUCACAACAUUUCAACAAGAGGGUUGUGUUUGUUAUUCUUGAUUAUCAUGAAUGGUGGUUUACUAAGUAUGGUGAUAUCAUUUCGAUUCUAUCGGAUUAUCCACCAAUUGAUUUUAGCGGAGAUAAUAGAACCCAUUGUUUCCCUGAAGCCAUGGCUGGUUUGAGAAUCCACGAUGAUCUGACCGUCGAUCCUUUGUUGAUGGAAGGGGGUAAGACUAUUAAAGAUUUUCGUGACAUUUUAGACCAGGCUUAUUGGCCUCGAGUCAAAGGUCUAAUUGAGGAUGAGGAACGUGAAGCGAAAUUGAAUAAUCUCUCUUCACCGUCUUCAUCACAAAAGUUACUUGAAAUAAGGACGGAAUUGAAGAAACCGAAACUAGUUAUCUUAUCGCGACAAGAGUCUAGAGCGAUAGCUAACGAGGAUUUGUUGGUGAAAAUGGCAGAACAAAUUGGAUUUGAAGUGGAGGUUUUGAGGCCUGUCCGUACUUCUGAGCUGGCGAGAAUUUACCGGGUGCUUAAUUCAAGCGAUGUUACAAUUGGUGUCCACGGUGCGGCUUUGACACAUUUUUUGUUUAUGAAACCAGGGUCGGUGUUGAUCCAAGUGAUCCCACUUGGAACAGAAUGGGCUUCAGAGACUUACUUUGGGGAACCGUCGACAAAGCUCGGUUUGAAGUACAUUGGCUACAAAAUUCUUCCGAGGGAGAGCUCAUUGUUCGAUGAGUACGACGAGAAUGAUCCGGUUCUAACUGAUCCGAGCAAUGUGGGGAAGAAAGGGUGGGAAUUCACUAAGAAGAUCUAUCUUGAUCAUCAAAAUGUGAGGUUGAAUCUUGUGAGGUUUCAAAAGCGGUUACUUCGGGCAUACGACUACUCAUUCGUUAAGAACCGGGAUUUUUAUCUACAAUCACAUUGACACACUUUUUGUUUCGGUAGAAAAUAUUUUUUUUAUAAAAAAACAUGAUUUUUGGGGAAAAAAUACUUUCUACUCAAACAAACGAAACAUCAUUCUCCACUCUUUUUGUUUGAGCUCAUUGAAAGUUGUAGAUUCUUAACCAUAAGCAAAUAUGCUUCCUUCUGGUAAAUAUACACUUUUGAAAUAAAA